GAUACGGCUGUGCUGUGAGGCUGUGGGAGGGCGGGGGGAGAAACGUCUGUGCGGGGCCCACCCUCAUCUUCCCUUUUCGUCGGUGAGUCAGUGCCGCGUUCGGCUGGACGGCUCUUUCGGACGGCUCGCAGGCUGAGGGAGGCUUGAAGCAGAGGCUCCUCUCACUGUCGGAUCUGUUGUAGAGGCCGUGGUCACCCGGCCUGGGGUGUCUGCAGCUCUGCAGCAGUAGACAGUGGCUUCCAGAGGCAUCUCUCCAGAAUCCUGCAAGUAGGUUGUAGAAUAAUGUUGAUAUAGUUGGUAUCUGCUGUACCUCGUUUACCUGGAGAUUUCCUGUUUCAGUUUGGUUCUGAGUGUAUUUCCUGAAAGAGAUGAAGAAAGGACCAGGAAGUGGUGCUUGUCCCAGUGCUGGAGUUCCAGACGAGAUAACAGAGCCAAACUCAGAUGGCAGUAGGAGCAACGGAGACUCAGCAAAAGAGAAAGAUGUGCUUCCCUCUCCUGGAGAACUGGAAAACAUACAGCUGAAACCCAGCAGUGAAACACACAGAAAAAAACUCUGUGGCUAUUUAAAUAAGCUAGGCAUUAGGGGUCCAAUCAAGACCUGGAAGUCUCGGUGGUUCAUUUAUGAUGAAAAUAAGUGCCACUUACUAUACUACAGGACUGCACAGGACAUCAACCCUUUGGGCUCUAUUGAUCUCUCCAGUGCUAGCUUUGACUGCAAAGUAGAAAAUGAUGAAGGGGUUUUUGAGAUCAGAACACCAAACAGAGUUUUUACUCUAAAGGCAAUCAGCAAACAGGCAAUGAUGUACUGGCUGCAGCAGCUACAAGUGAGACGUUGGGAAUUUUGCAGUGCUCAGAGCAGAUUUCCCGUGGGCAGCUCCCAGCUUGUAAAUGAACCUCUAGUUGGCAGAAUAAAUGUUGCUGAAGAUGAGGGCUUUCUGCCUCCAGUCAAAACGCCAACAGAAGUGGUGGGUUUACAGGCAGCCUCUUUGCCUGCACCCCAAACAGCUACAGCUUUGCAGAACAUCUCCCUUAAGCACCCUUGGACAGAGAUACAAAACACUGUCUACAAUAUCUGUGGCUCCAAGCAACUCUGGGGGAAUGAUGGGAAUGUCUUUAACUUCAGUAAAUUCCAGGAGGACCCUGAACAAGAGGCAGAAGUGGAAGCACAGUGUACAGUGAAGGAGACCCCGGAGGAUGGGAGGAUGGAGUCUCGGUUGAACUUGUUUAGGAAAGCCAAGUGGGUGAACAGUAGCUUGGCAGAAGAGCAACCCCGGGAGAGGAACUCAAUGGAUAAAGUGAACGUCCUACAGCAACAGAUGCUGACACUCACAGAGGAGGUCAAGUCACAGAAGGAGUUGGUUAAGCUUCUCCACAAAGCCCUGGAGGCAGCCCAGCAGGAGAAGCGAGUGUCUAGCAUGUAUCUCACUGCAGCAGAAGAUAAGGACAGGCUGGAGUUAGUGCGCCACAAAGUGAGACAAAUUGCAGAUCUCACCAGUCGACUGGAAGCUCUUGAGCAGGAGAAGAAGGAACUUGAGCAGAUGCUUGCUCUGAGAGACAGCCAUAUCCAGGAACUCAAAGAGCAUGUGCAGCUUCUGAUGGAGAAGAACCAUGCCAAACAGCAAGUCAUCAUGGCCUUGACAGAGCAGAGGACCCGAGAACACUCUGAUCCCCUGCAAGAAGCAAACGCUGUCACUGCAGAGACAUUGUAUAAACAGCAGGAGGAGAUUGAGCACCUGAAGGAUGAUAUCGAUGCAUACAAAACCCAGAACCAGUUUCUCAAUUCGGAGAUCCACCAGGUUACUCGACUUUGGACAAGAGUUGCUGAGAAUGAAAAAGCCCUUCUGAUGAAGUGUGCCUAUCUGCAAGCCCAAAACUGCCAGAUGGAGAGCAAAUACCUGACGGUCUUGCGGAAGCUGCAGGAGACUCUCUGCGGCCUGCCCAGCUCACAUGCUGAUUUGGUGAGGAACCUCAUCCAGGAAGCACUCCAGUGGGAUGUGAAGGAAGGAGCAGAUCUGAACCUGAACCCUGUGAGUGAGUAUGAUGAGUAUGGGUUUAUGACCGUACCUGACUACGAAGUUGAGGACUGGAAACUUCUGGCCAAAAUUCAAGCCCUGGAGAUGAAGUCCAACAACCUGCGGAGCCAGGAGGUAGUGGAGAAGCCCCUUCGUGACAGGUGGAAUAGCAUCGGGGAGCUGAGUCCCUCUGCAGAGCUGAAAAGCCUUAUUAGAAGUGGCAUUCCUGUGGAGCAUCGGCAGCGGGUCUGGAAGUGGAUUGUCAGCCAGCACUGCAGCUAUCUGCCUGACCACUACCAGCGGCUGUUAAGACAGAGCAAGAGCACUGAGCACCCUGCCUGUCGGCAGAUUGAGCUUGACCUGCCCCGCACACUGACCAGCAACAGACAUUUUUCAUCUCCCACUUCCCAGCUCAUCCCCAAGCUCCGAAGGGUGCUGCUGGCAUUCUCCUGGCACAAUCCUGCCAUUGGAUACUGCCAGGGACUGAACAGAUUGGCAGCUGUUGCCCUGUUGGUCCUGGAAGAUGAGGAAAAUGCUUUCUGGUGUCUGGUCCAUAUUGUGGAGAACCUAAUGCCAGCAGACUACUACAGUGACACCCUGAUAACAUCACAGGUAGAUCAAAGAGUCUUCAAAGACUUCCUGGCAGAGAAGCUGCCUCGCCUCAUGGCUCAUUUUGAGCAGUAUCAGAUUGAUGUCUCACUCAUUACCUUCAACUGGUUUCUGGUGGCCUUUGUGGACAGCUUGGUCAGUGACAUCCUCCUGCGAGUGUGGGAUGCUUUCCUGUAUGAAGGGACUAAGGUGAUUUUCCGCUAUGCUCUUGCGAUUUUUAAAUACAACGAGGAGGAAAUCCUAAGAAUUCAUGACAGUGUGGAGAUCUACCAGUACCUACGUUUUUUCACAAGGAUGAUUGUGGAUGGCAGGAAGCUGAUGAACAUUGCCUUCAAUGAUUUAAACCCCUUCCCCAUGAAACUGCUGAGGAAUCGGAGGAGAAUUCACAGGGAAGAGCUGGAGACAGAGCUGUGCGAGCUGGAACAGAUCAAAGCAGCCUACGUAAAAGGGAGAGCAGAGCAGGGAUCUCAAGGCUUGGAGGAAAUCGUUAGUGAGGAGGAGGAAGAGAUAUAGCGAAAACUGCUCAUCACUCCUCUCUCACCUUGUGGAAGGUCUAACAGCUAUCUGUAUGUGACAGAGGGAGAACAGAUGCUUGUAGGAGUUCGUCUGCCCCUGGAAGGCUGUCGAUGUAGGACCGUGUGGGGAUUUAGCCAGGCUUUGUGAUAGAUUGGAAGGUGUCAGAGGAAUUUUACCCAUCCUGUCCACCCCGUGCUGUGCAACUGAGAGAUGCAGCUGAAGGUCUGUAGGAAAUAAUGGUGGUGGUACCACAACAUGAUGCAGGUGAUCCAACCAGGCAGGGCAAUUUUUGAAGAGGCUUGAAAGAGAUUUUUCUGUGCAUACAAAAUCAUAAAUAAGUAAAGCAAGAGUUUUUCCUCA